CGCUUAAACAAAUAGUACAAAGAGAGGUAUUAUAAUGUUUGACAAUUACUUAACACAAAUGAUGAUCCUCACCUAUAAUCAUCACUACACAUAAUCGAGCAUAAUUUACACAAAGAAGAGACUAGAUUUUUGAAAAUCCUUAAAAAUUUACAAAACGUUUAAGGGAAAAAGUGAUUUAACUGGAUAAUAAUUCUAUUUGUAUCAUUAUUAUUAUUAUUAUUACUACCAUUUUCGCGAUUAUUUCUCAAGAGUACAUAUUUUCAAAGGUCAAAAAUAUUUGUAUUAAGAAACAUUAUUAAUGCAUACAAGACUUAAAUCAAAACAAAAUUUUGCUUCAAAGCCCAUUUGGAGAUAUUUUAUGAGAUAUUAAGACAAUCGCCUGAGUUCAAAAUUAUGUAUGUAUGUAAAACUCAAUUAGAUCGUCAACUGACCGAUGCGAAUGUAUUAAAAUCUGUUCUUGGUUUACCCUUAUCAAAUGUUAUAUUUGUACAGUAAUCAAUAACUUGGUUGAAUUUAAUUCCUAAAUCAAAUGCCAUGGAUGCUGAAAAUCGUGUUAUCCUGAAUGUUGGUGGUAUUCGUCAUGAAACGUAUAAGGCAACGCUGAAAAAGAUACCUGCGACAAGGCUAUCAAAAUUGACCGAGGCUUUAGCUAAUUAUGAUCCUGUGUUGAAUGAAUACUUUUAUGAUCGUCAUCCUGGUGUAUUUUCACAAAUAUUGAAUUAUUAUCGUACUGGUAAACUUCAUUAUCCUGUUGAUGUAUGUGGUCCAUUAUUUGAAGAGGAAUUAGAAUUUUGGGGAUUAGAUGCGAAUCAGGUUGAACCAUGCUGUUGGAUGACGUAUACAGCACAUCGUGAUACACAGGCAACUUUACAAAUUUUAGAUAAAGUUGACAUGGAUAAUGAUGAUUAUACCCCGGAGAGUUUAUAUAAACGUUUUGGUUUAGAAGAAGAGUAUACCUGUAAUGAAUUGAACACAUGGCAAAAAUAUCGACCUAAAGUAUGGGCGCUAUUUGAGCUGCCACAUUCGUCAAUUGGAGCUAAGUUCAUCGCUCUCUUAUCCGUCACCUGUAUUAUAUUAUCUAUACUGGCAUACUGUUUGGAUACAGCGCCAACAUUUCUUACGCCCUCACUAGUCACCGCAGAGAUUAAUGGGAAUGCGAACAAUAUGAAUAUAAAUAAUAACAAUAAUGAUAAUUCUAAUAACAAAUUCACAUCAUUUUCUACCACCUACCACGAGGAAAAUCGAUAUAAACAUCAAGAACAACAACAACAUUACACAGUAACAAAUACAUCGUUAUCACCUAAACAGCGGAAUUAUUCCUCCCAACAUGAAUACUCAAUAAUAACAAAUAAACGACCUAAAAAGAGUAUAAUAUUCAUUUAUAUUGAAUGUAUCUGUAAUCUAUGGUUUACACUAGAGUUAAUUGUUCGUUUCACUGUGUCUAUGGAUCACAGAGAAUUUGUCAAGAAUUUAAUCAAUCUUAUUGAUAUAGCUGCUCUGCUAAGCUUUUAUACAGAAGCCUUAUUAUUAAGUUAUAAUGCUAUCGAGAUAUCUAUAUCACCAAUUGUAGAAUUUUUUAGUAUUGUACGUGUUAUGCGACUGUUCAAGUUGACUAGGCAUAUAUCUGGUUUAAAAAUACUGAUAUUAACAUUUAAAGCAAGCGCGAAAGAAUUUUCAUUAUUGAUUUUUUUCUUGGGUGUAUUUAUUGUCUUAUUUGCUGCAUUGAUUUAUUAUGCUGAACGGUUGAGUACUAAUCCAAAUAAUGAUUUCACUUCAAUACCAAUUGGUCUAUGGUGGGCUAUAGUAACAAUGACUACAGUUGGUUAUGGUGAUAUGGUACCGCGGUCUUAUGCUGGAAUGAUUGUUGGUGCAAUGUGUGCAGUAACUGGUGUACUGACAAUUUCUCUACCAGUUCCUGUCAUUGUCUCAAAUUUCUCAAUGUUUUAUUCACAUACCCUGGCUCGUUCAAAACUGCCAAAGAAACGAAGACGUAUCCUACCUGUAGAAGCUAUUCGACCAAAGCAUAAAUCGAAUUUUAUGAGUGGACAUGGAAGUGGUCAUCAUCAUCAUCUGGGCGGUGGACAUUUAAAUGAUUCAAUUGGUUUGAAUAAUUUAGCUAAGGGGAUUGUUCCGCAUAUCGCCCAACCAAUUAUAAAAUCGAAAUAUGCAGAUAGUAGUGAUUUCCCAUUGUUAAAUGAAAAUUACGAAAAUAAACGCAAAAUUACUAGUCCCAAUGAUUUGCAUAUACCUGAACAGUGUAGAAAUCCGUAUGGAAUUCGAUCAAGACGUGCAGCUGUGAUAGAUGCAUCGAAUAUAUCAUCAGAAAUUGAAGAUAAUGACGGCGAUGAUGCUGGUGACGGAUUUAAUGUGAAAACAAUAACAUGUGACAAGAGAUCAACAGACACACUGCAUAACAACGCUGGUACACAUUCCAGUCGACAUAUGGUCAAUUCAGUUUACCCUGUGUUAAGAAAGCCAGAGAUACAACAACGCAAAUUAAGUCAACAGCACGACAAUUGUCUCAUUAAUUUUAAUAACAAUAAUAAUAAUCAUAAUAAUAAAUCAGAUGCUCGUUUCUCAACGACGACGUGUUGUUCAGAAUUACCUCAGUCAACAUCAUUCGGUGAUAGAUUAUUAAAUAUGCAAAUGAAUAAUACAAAUAGUACUACAACGACUACUAACAAUAAUACUACUAAUACUACUACUACUACUAAUGAUAACAAUUGUAAUCUACUUUCAAGUCCAUGGCUUCCUACUCCACCGACUGGACAGAAUCAUGAAAAUGAUUAAAAUGUGUAACAUGUGAAUUCAUGUGAAUUCAACUGACGAAGAAAACUACACGCAAAGCCUUCCAAUCAUUAUAUAGAUAAAUAAAUAUAUAUAUAUAUAUAUAUACCUAAAUACAUAUACUCGAUUUGUUUUGCAAUAUCC